UUUUAAUGCCGUACGUGUCCAAAUGACUAGGUUAGAAAAGAAAUUACAUCACCUUAACUAUUUUGCGGACGAAAUUUAUUGAGCUAUAUCGUAAGUUUGGCGGAAAUUGCCGAAUGGUAGGGUUGGCGAUGAAUGCCGAGCCUUCAAACAUUAACGUUUGAAUCAUUCACGUUAACCGACGUUACGCUUUAGUAACACUGACGCGUACAUACAGAUAUAGACCGGAAGAGUCAUAAAUACACGUUGUGUGGAGUCGUUUUUCUUCAUCACAACAACGGAUUUAACGUAUGUCUGAGAUGAGACUUUCCCGCCUAUCGACCACGUGCGCAGUGCUCAUCUGCUGCGUUGCCUUGGUAGCACGUGCACACGAGGGCCACGACCACGCGGACAUCCCGCCUGAUCAGAGACCGACGAACUUCAAUGAUCCAAAAUUCGCUCAAAAUGAAGCGCACUUGAAAGAACACUUGAAGGACGAGAUAAACAUGAAAGCGAAAAUGAGCCCAGAGGAAAUGGAGUUCCACUACUUCCGGUUACACGAUACUAACAACGACACGCACUUGGACGGUAUUGAGAUCCUGCAGGCGAUGGCGCACAUGAUUCCCGUACCGGAACUGACGCUGCAGGAGAAGCUGGGCAAGUCAAAUGAGGCAAUAGAGGCGAUGAUGGAUGAGCGCCGGAAGGGCAUGAUGAAAUACUACGAAGACAUCAUUGACCGCGUACUGCGCGAUGACGACAUAGACAAGGACGGGUACCUAACCUACUCAGAGUUCGCACGUGCGCGCAGGCGCGAGGAGUACCACUCGGCGCGCAUGCACGAGGAGCACAUGCGUCAGCAGGCCAUACAGUACGAACAGUUCCAACAGUGGCAGGCAAUGCAGGCUCAGCAAGGCAAGCAGGGCACCCAGAUGGGCAAUCCCAACAUCCCUCCACCUCCUCAACAGAUGAACCAGAUGAAUCAGCAGCAACAGCAGCAGUUCCAGCAAUUCCAACAGUACCAACUACAGCAACAGCAGCAGCAACAGAAUAAUCAACAACAACAGAAAUAUUAGAAUAAGUUAUGAGUUAGACAAAUAGUUUUAUAUGAAUUGUGCUCUUGUUUUGAGUAUAUAUAACGUAACUUUCAGCAGAAAACGUUCCGCAAAAUUUGUUUGGGCAAUAGACAUUUGUAUUGGUCAAACAUGGCUUAUGGUGUUUCAAAUUGGUUUUUAUGUGAAAUGUUCAUUACCUUAAAUCUCUUCACAUGAAUUAUAUUAACAUUUCCCAAAUAUAAGUAGUGGUUUGUACACGUCGGUUAAAGAAAUUUCAAACUUUUCUGGCAGACAUUCAAUCAAUAUUGGUCGGCGAAAACAGUUUAUGUAAUACUUAAAAUCACUUUCUAGUAUUCCUUAUAUUGUAUUGUGUAUAUAAUAAUUAUAACGGUCUAAUCAACUCCAUCGAACGCUGACAAGAUACACGCAUACGGCGCUAUUUAGUAAAAAGGCAGCAUGUACUUAAUAACUGUUUUAUUCCUAGUUUCACAGUUUGUCUUAGAUGACCGUUUUGCUGUAACUCUCAGUAAAUCAGUACUAAAACGAAGACGAAAUUCUUGAUA